AAGAAUUAAGAUCAACCGACGGUCGGUGACGCAGACGGAGACGGAGUGGGACAUUCUGAUACAGUAGCUGCCGUUGGCUCCUAGUUCCAGAGUUUUCCUCCUCACAUCUAUAAAAACCCUAACCCUAAAAGCCCCAAAAUCUUAGACUCCAAUCAAAGGGCCAAAAACAUUGUCAUCAGUUCUAAUUUUUUGUUGUUGUGGGUGGAUGGGGAUCAUAAGAAGCUGCUUCUCGUUCAUAGUAGGGACGGUGUGCGGGAUUUACGUAGCUCAAAACUACGACGUUCCGAACAUCAAGAAGCUCGGCCGCACCGCUCUAUUCAAGGCCAAGCAAGUCGAAGAGAAGUACCGCAAGCCCAAGAGCCGUGGUGACGGUAUCUAACAUUAGCAUUCGAUUCGACCCAACUCCAUAUACUCCUUUAAAGCAAAGUACGAAAAUGAUGCUGUCUUCUUUGCAACCAGGUUCACCGUUCUUCUUUCGUUCUUGUUUUCUUUUCUUCAAAGACAAUACGAGAAGAAAAGAACUGGGAAGAGACAAUUUAAAAACGAUACUUGUGAUUUCUUUUUAAGUUCGUAUACUAAAUAAAAAAAAAUAAGAAUAAACGAAUCGGCCUUUUUUUUUUUUUUUUUUUUUUUUUUGCAUUAUGAUAUUCAGCUUUAUGCAUGCGAUUCGGUCCUUAAUAUAAACUGAUUUUCCAUAAGGUUCGCUAGUUUUGCAAUCUUGUUCUUAUCCAGGAUAGGUUAUGAGGAAGGGGCCAAAUGAGUUGGCAUUGAUCUCUAUGCUAUACUACAAUAACGAAACAGUUUUAGUUAUGAGAAAAGGUGGGUUUCCAAUUGAACUACAUAGACCAGUUAUAUCACUGAUUUCUUUUCUUUUGUGUAUUAGUAAGUUUCUUUCUCCCAACCGCGAGCUCACCCUCCACAGUCCACCUUCUUCCGGAGCACAUUUGACUAUAUUCACUGAAAGAAAAUGAUUGCCAAUAAGAUAUUGUUCCAUUGAAUGAAGAACCGAAAUUGCUGAUUGAUCUAGAACAACAUCUGCCGCGAAACUAACUUCUUUUUAAGCUGAUUGGUCGAGGGAAUUUCUGAAAAGGUGCUAGUGAUGGUCCACGCAAUCUCAUCUAUAUAUAUUGAAGGCUACUGCAGGUCCAUUAUAGUAGUUGGAUCAUUUAGAUCCUUCUGUUUACUAAUGAGUAGUCUAUUUGUGUUCUCUACUCAUGUUGCUAAACUAUCUGACUCUUUAUAGCUGACGAGAAGAAAGAAUACCCUUCGAGUUAUACCUUGGAGUAGUUUAUAUAUUUCCCGUGCCACAAGUUUUAGUUUUGGCAUGAUCAGGACAUGAGGAUGAGUUGAGUAUUCAGUUUCUAUGAAAUAGAAAAUUCAAACCUCCCUCGUCACCUAAA